AUGGCUGACAUAUUACCUGAAUGUCUCAUUCAAAAAAUACUCUGUUGUCUUAGUUUUAAAGAAGCAACGCGGAUGAGCAUUCUCUCCAAAACAUGGCUACAAGAAUGGUCGAAUCUUCCCAACUUGGAAUUCACUAUUAAUUGUUGGGAAGGCAACAUAAAUACAGCGAACACAACCAUGGAGAGAUAUAGGAAGGGGAAAAUCCCUAUACAAAAGUUUGAAUUAUUAGAGACCUUUGCUAAUUCUCAUGAAGAUUUCCCUCUCAUUGAUAAGUGGCUCGACAUUGCACUUCAGAAUGGUGUAAAACAUCUUUUUCUUAACUUUAAAUCAUACCCCAUGCCUAUUUUAAGAAUCUUGGCAGCAAAAUCUUUAAGAGAAUUGGAUGUGCAGGGUAGUAUGCCUGAUUCGUUAUCUAGUGGUGUUGUGAAUUGCAAAUCAUUGAGAAAGCUUUCUCUAUCUCAUCUAAGAUUAGACGAAAACAUGGUCCAGACUAUACUUAAUAGUUGUCCCUUUAUUGUCUCUUUAAUCCUUGAGUAUUGUACUGGGAAGCUUCAAAAGAUCAAGUCGGAUUCCUUGAAGGUCUUGAAGAUACAUCAUCGCGGGAUAGAGGAGAUUGAUGCUCCAAAUUUGGUAUCACUUGACUAUAUGGGGAGUCAAAUUCCCGAACUUAAUAAAAUUGCAAGAGACUCAAAAAUCAGGCUUGGAUGCAUCAACAAUUUAAAUGCAGCAUGGUUUUGUAAGUUGAGAAAGUUUCUAUCAAAUUCGUCCUCGUGGUCUCAUGUUUCCCUUAAAUUUAUGAAUUGCUGUGAGAUCAAGAUGAAAGAUUUGCAAAUGGACCACAUAGGUUCUACCCCUCGGGUGGACGUUUUAAAUGUCGAUAUUCAAUGGAUGAAUCAGAAUUUUGUGGAUGCUUUGCUAUGGAGUUGUCAUCCAAGGAGACUCAACCUACUCUCAAAUAUUACUCCAACGAUUACACAUUUCAUUGAUCGUUUAGUGUUUUUGACGAAUUUGAGUCAUUCUACUUCUCAUAAAAGCUUACCUUGGCAUAGUCAAUUAAAAGAAAUAAAAGUUUUUAAUGGAAAAAACCAGUCGCUACAACUCAUAAAUGGGGAGCUUGAAAAAAGGACCCUUAUGGAGGGGGAGAAAGUUUAUUUUUUAUUAGAUUGGUGA